AGCGUCGUCUUCGAGUCAGUGGUAAUUUGGUUCUUGAAGAAGUAUCUUGCAGCUGGAAGAGAAGUUUCACAGGAGGUUCAAGUGAGAACAGAAAUAAGCCAAAAGUGUAUUGAUAACUUGAAAGGAAACAUAAAAAAAGAACAAGUAAGGACUCUCUAGUGAGGUGCAGUGAAGUGAUAAAAAGGAAUACGAAAACGCACACAGUGAAGUGAUUCAAAAUCGGUUUGAUACUGUGACAAGCUAAAAAAGAGGUGGUUCAACCAAAAAAAAAAAAAAGACAAUAAGCAUAAACACUUGGACUUGUAUUAGUGAGUGUUUGACUGGAACGAAAGGUUGCGAAAAUGGUCUUAAGAAGCAAGGAAUUCGCCCGUUACAUCUUCCAGAAUCAGCACAAAUUGAUUCAGCAGUUGUUGCAGACGCAGGUUCGUCUGUGCAGCGGAGGUUUCCAACAGGUGCAGCAAGCGUUGCGCACCGAUGAGUAUGAGGCACCCCGGAUUACGCAGGCUGCACCGACGGCGGCCCCAUUCCCGAUGACUGUCGAACAUGCAUCCGACUUGGGAGAACUAUUCAAGCACUCCGAUCUGUCGGUUCGGUUGGCAGCACCGCACCAGCUGCACCCGAAACCGGACGCUGACGAUCUGGCCUUCGGUAAGCACUUCACCGAUCACAUGCUGAAAAUUGGCUACCACCGGCGCCUUGGCGGUUGGCAGAAACCGGAAAUCACCCCGCUGGAAUCGUUGAACCUGCAUCCGGCCGCUAAGGUUUUCCACUACGCAGUUGAGCUCUUCGAAGGCAUGAAGGCAUACCGCGGCGUGGAUGGCCGGAUUCGGCUUUUCCGGCCCAACAUGAACAUGGCGCGUAUGAACGUCACAGCACAACGGUCCGGACUGCCGACGUUCGACGGCGAAGAACUGAUCAAAUCGAUCAGCCGGUUAAUCCUGAUCGAUUCCGAGUGGGUUCCGCACACCCAAACUGCUAGCCUCUAUCUACGACCAACGCUGAUCGGAAUUGAGCCAACCCUCGGAGUUGCUUCAUCGGAAUCUGCUUUGUUGUAUACGAUUUUGUCACCGGCCGGAUCGUACUUUAAGCCCGGUGCCGGAGGCUUGAAGCUGUAUGCCAAUCCGAACUACGCUCGAGCUUGGCCUGGCGGCGUUGGAGACUGCAAGGUCGGUUCCAACUAUGGUCCUACGAUUCACGUCCAGAAGGAGGCCCUCAAAAGCGGCUGCCAUCAGGUGCUGUGGCUGUACGGAGACGAUCAUCAGUUGACGGAAGUUGGAGUGAUGAACAUUUUUAUGCUGUACCUCAACGACGAUGGAGAGAAAUGCCUAGUCACACCACCUUUGGAUGGGCUGAUUUUGCCGGGAAUCACACGUGACUCUGUGCUUCGGUUGUGCCGCGAGUGGGGAGAGUUCCAAGUGAAGGAAGAAAAGUUUACCAUGCCACAGGUUCGCAAGCUGGCUCAAAAAGGAAGGUUGCUGGAACUGUUCGGAGCCGGUACCGCAACCGUCAUCAGCCCGAUCGAGGGCAUUCAGUAUGAGAGUGAGGAAAUCACAGUGCCGACCGUGCGACAGGAAUCUGCGCUAUACCAACGGUUGUACGAUACGCUGACGGGAAUUCAGUACGGAAAGAUCGAGCAUCCGUGGUCGGUGGCGAUAGACUGAUUUGCUGCACUACUAGCAGUAGCAGAAGUAGGUGUAGAAUAGGCAGCAUUCCGAGAGGGAUGCUGAAUGUUUAGAGUAAGUGGCUACGGAUAGACGGAGUUAGCUCGAAAGGAAAAUAUUGGUUUACCGACUAUUGUCGGAAGCAGCAUGUGUAAAUAUUAGUUAAGAUUCGUGCGAUUAAGGAUUCUCCUAGUUAUUUAGAGUCAAAGAGUUAGAUCAAAUGUUAAUGAUCAUAACUAGCAUGUAGGAUUGCUUGUUUUCAACAAACGUUCCAAGCGAACUCAAAGUGCCUUCUAGGAGGAAACUAGACAUCGUCAUAUGUAUUUAUUGCUAUUACAUAAACGUUUGUGAUUCGUCAUUUAUGGUCUCUUUCAUCUCAUAGAUCUACUUAAAGCUAAACGGUUCAAUCCAGGUUACGAAUGUGCAAGCAGCAUUGACUAGAAUUUAUAGGUUCAGCCAAGGUUAGUUGUCCUCACUAUCGGUUAAAUGAUGUAAUGAUUUUUCUGAAGAACAACUAAGAAAUCAUCAUUUGUUGCAAUACUCGAAUCAGCCGAAACGGUAAUCAUUUCCAAAUAAAAAUGAACCAUUUCAGCAUUCUUCGCCCUACUUUGCUUGAGGCCACGCGAUUGAAAUAUUUCGCCUGAAAUAUUUCACGAAUGUGCUUUUAACUUCGCGAGAGCGAGAGUACCAGCCGGCGGGUGAGAGAGAUUAUCCGUUUUGUGGGCAGAAAAAUCAGCUAAGCUUUCGCCUUUGCUAGUUGGAAGCUCGAAGUCCAAAUUGUGGAAUACUUCCCCGCAUGUAAAAUCGUUCAUUUUCCGUUCGUUAGGCCUGCUUUCUGUUAUUUCUAGGAUAAAAUUGUAAAUUUGCUAAACCACCCUGCGGCCCGGCAGCGGUUGGCUGGUUUGUCGUACAAAAUGAAAAAGUGCAUUUCAAAUUUCUGUAAAUAAAUUGGUUAAAGCUUAAGUAUAUGGACACCGCGGUUGGGAACUUACUCCGGUGAUCGUGACAGGAGGAACCGACGGUUUUUGUGCUCUAGUUGUGUAGCUUAGUUGAAGUCCCUUGCUGUGGCUUAUCUGUAGGAUAAUCCACCUCUUUUGUACUAAAAGUGGCGAUAAAACAAAAUGUAAAAGACAGAAAAAUAUACAUUGUUUUCAUAAGUAA